AUGGACAAGCUACUGCUUUGGGUCUCUGUCCUCGCCAGCCUUCCAGAAGCCUUUGCUCAGAAAGACCUCAGUAGGAAGGUGUUUCUGUUCCCUAGAGAAUCUUCUACUGACCACGUGAACCUGAUCACAAAGCUGGAGAAACCUCUGCAGAACUUUACCUUGUGUUUUCGAGCCUAUAGUGAUCUCUCCUGCGGCUACAGCCUCUUCUCCUAUAACACCCAGGGCAAGGAUAAUGAGCUACUAAUUUUUAAAGACAGAAUUGGAGAGUACAGUUUAUACAUUGGAAGAACCAGAGUUACUGCCAGAGUUAUUGAGGAGUUCCCCACCCCAGUGCACAUCUGUACCAGCUGGGAGUCUUCCACAGGCAUUGCCGAAUUCUGGAUCAAUGGGAAGCCGCUGGUGAAAAAGGGCCUGAGACAGGGUUAUUCUGUGGGAGCUAACCCCAAGAUUGUCCUGGGCCAGGAGCAGGAUUCCUAUGGAGGAGGCUUUGAUAAAACCCAGUCCUUUAUGAGACAGAUUGGGGAUUUGUACAUGUGGGACUCGCUGUCUCCCGAAGAGAUCCAGUUUGUGUAUCAGCGUUCCUACUCCCUCAAUCCCACCAUCCUAAAUUGGCAGGCUCUGAACUAUGAAAUGAAAGGCUACGUUGUCAUCAAGCCCCUGGUGUGGGGCUGA